UCUCGUUAUAAAAUAUUAUUAAAUCAUUUUGAGUGGGUACUUUCUAUCACAAUGACAUGGUAUUGUUUUAGAACAUGGCCAUACGCUAACAUGAAUUGCUAUUUGCAAAGGGUUUAAUAGUUAUUUUAUAAAAAUAUACAAAAAAUCAUCUACCUUCAGUUUCAGAUCAUGAGUUAUUGCCGGAUAUGUAUUUUUAAAUGCAAUUCUCCUUUGCUACAAUCAAUGAGAAGUGAAUAAAUAAUAUUAUGUACAUUACAGAGAACCUAUUCUCAUGUUUUCACGAACUAAAACUGUAUAAUUAAUGUAAAAAGAAAAUAACAAACUUUUGUCACACAAAAUUGAUCAUUACCAGCGGUAGAAUUUGAAACUACAAAAUAUCAGUGUACGAUAUUCUGUGGUUUCUCUCCCCGCGCCCCGCAUUUCAAACGACAGCCAGUUGAGCCACAGGCACGGGAGCGGAAGGCUGCGCGUUUGGGUUGGAGAAAUAUCGGACGUAGAACACUCGAAAUUUUACUUUGUCACGAAAUAUUUGUCUUUACCGUCGCCUAAGUUGUAAGUUACAAGAGCCAUGGUGAAGCCAAAGGCAAAGAAUAAGAAAACUACAGAGGAAAAGUUGGCUCAGCAAAGACUUCAUAAAAGACAAAAGUAUGAAGAGAUUAAAAAGGAUCCUGAAAAGUAUGCAGCCCAAAAAGAAAAAGAAAGGUUACGAUAUUUGAAACGCAAAGAACAGAAUAAAAUAAAGUUGAUCAAAGACUUAACGCCACGACAACAAAGACAGAAAAGAAAGCAAUGGAAAGAAAAUCGUCAACGAUAUACAGAAAAGAAGAAAAAAGAAAAAGCAAUAGAACAAAUGCUUGUUGAUAAUUCUCCGCCUACAAGUGAUUGUGAAGAAAUAGAUCCUCAACUGCCUCAGGUUAAUGAAGUUGACCCAUUAGAGGGACCGUCAACUACUAAAAUCGAAGUCGAGAAGAAUAAAAUAGAUCAGUUUAAAAGAAAAUGUGAAAACUGCGUUAAAAGACAAAAAAUAAUACGUCGCAUUCGAUACAUUUACACUAAAAGAAUUGGAAUAUUGAAAAAAGAAAUUCAGAAGGAACAAAAUGAGAAGAGGGAGCUGAAAAAAAUGUUAGAUAGACUUAGGAAAGAGAAUAUAAUUAUUAAAAAAGAUAAUCCAUCUACCGAACAGAAAAUUGAAAAUUUAUUAGAUAAUAUUGAUAAAGGCAAAAAAGAAGAAGUCAAAAAGAAGUUGAUAUUUGGUGAAGUAAUUUCUAAACAGCUAAAAGAAGGAUUAAAAAGUUUAAGAAAAACAGAAAAACGUAAAUUUAGUGAUGUAAUUGUAAAAGACAAAGAAAGGUUUAAAAAACAUAGAAUAACGACAGCAAUAAUGCCAUUUACAUUAAGAAACAAAAAAGAUGUACAUACAGAUCAGGAGAAAGAAAUAAAACGAGAAAUAGAAGACUUCUUUGAUGAUGAUAGUAAUAGUAGAAUUGCUGCAGACAAAAAAGAAUGUAUCAAAAAAAAUGGCUUGACAAAACAAAAACGCUACCUCACGGACACUUUGAUCAAUCUUCACAAAAAGUUUAAUGUAACCUAUAAAGAAGUCAGUUACUCGACAUUUUGCAAGUAUCGUCCAUUUUGGGUGGUGUAUCCGAAAGAGUCCGACAGAAACACAUGUUCGUGUGUAAAACAUGUAAAUAUGGACUUAUUAGUAAAGUCGCUUCAAAGAAAUAAAAUAAUAAAGGAACCUAACGGAUCUAUGUUGCUGGAAAGCCUUUGUUGCGAUGUUCGAAGAGAAAAGUGCCUUAAUAGAACAUGUGAGAAAUGUAAAACUAAAGUUAUCGAGUAUGGAGAGUUCUGUAAUGACAAACCUUUGAAAUAUUACCAAUGGGAAACGAAAACUGUCAACUAUGUUAGUAAGGACGAAGAUAAAGAAACUAAAAAAACAAAAAAAAGUGAAAUGGAAGAUUUGCCACUUACCAUAAUUAAAAAACUUGAAGAUUCUCUGCCACGUUAUUUCGAACACUGUUUAAAUAUUGUCCAACAAUUCAAAAAUAUAAAUAACUUAAAAAAGACCUUAACGCCCAAUGAAGCCCUCAUACAUAUGGAUUUCUCUGAAAAUUAUAUCGCAAAAUUUCAUGAGGAGGUGCAAAGCCAUCAUUUCGGUAGCAGUCCACAACAAAUCUGUCUACAUACUUCCGUUAUUUACUGGCUUGAUUCAGAAACAGGAGUUUAUAAAACUAACAGCAUGUGCACUAUCAGUGAGUGCACCAGGCACGAUGCUGAAUCCGUAUGGGCGCACAUAAUUCCUAUAAUAGAAUUUGUGAAAAGCAGCAGUACCUUGAUUGACACUUUCCAUUUUUUGACUGACAGCCCUUCCAGUCAGUAUCGGAAUCGCAAGAUAUUUUAUAUUAUUACCCAACUGCAAAACAUGUUCCCAGAAUUAAAAGCAAUCUCAUGGAACUAUAUGGAAACCGGUCACGGGAAGGGAGCUCCAGACGGAGUUGGAGCUGUCUUUAAGCGUACAGCCGAUAAAACGGUUCGAUUCGGUAGAGACAUAGGUACUCUAAAAGAUUUUUGGCUCGUAAUGAAGGAGAAAAUCAAGAACAUCGAAAUGCGUAUCGUCACAAAAAAAGAUAUUGAAGAAAGGACAACACCGAGAAAUAUAAAAACUUUUAAGGGUACAAUGUCAGUGCACCAAGUUUUAUGGUCAGCAAGUAGUUGCAUAAUGACAUUCCGAAAGCUCAGCUGCUUCUUUUGUCCAAAUGGAGUCACGUGCACUCAUGGUUAUCAUUUGGGAUUUAUGGAUGUACCCGAGGAUACUUUACCGCAGGAAAGAGAACACGUAUUGUAUGAGUUUCUGGACACAAAUACUACUCCCGAAAUGAUUGAAGAAGUCACCAGCUCACCUAAGGGACAUCUUACCAGCUUUAAUAAUUUAGAAUCAAUUCAAAAUUCUUAUCCGGACACACAAAAAGUUUCAAAUGUUAAAAUACUAUCUGAUGUUCGUUUUGACUGGUCGAACACUAGUUUUAGUGUCAAAACUCCAACUCCCAAACAGCAGAGGUUUCAAUCAAAUUUUGAAAAUUUUAUAUCUACAAACAAAAUACCAAAACAAAAAAACAAAAUUCAAAAUGAAAACCAAAAUAAGGGUUUCUUUUUUGGAUCUGAUGAUGAUGAGGAUUACAACAUAUUUUAACGAUGAACAGACUGAUGAGUGCCGGCGCAGUGCCGAUCAGUAACGUAUCUAUCAAUAUCGGCACCGAUGUCGGAAUCGUAUCUAAUAGUAGAAAAUAUGAGUACAAAUACCGUAAAAAGACUGAUUGAUUGACUGAUAUAAUGUUAAAAUUAAGAUUUAGAUUUAUUUUACGACAUUUUGAUUAAAAGUUUUCAUUUGUUUCGGCUUUUUAGAUAUUUGUUCAAACAAAUAAGAUUGAAAUUAAGAUUUAAGUUUUUGUUUUUUUUUUUUUUUUUAAGAUCAUCUUAACUCUGAUUUGUUUUUGAUUUUAUAAAUAAAUAAAACGUAAAAAAAUAUUUGUCUUUUAAUGUCUUACCGAACCCAUUUUUAAAUCAUUACCAGUAUAAAUGCGUCACUACCGUCUUCUCUAUUGUCAUUACCAUCACUAUCGAAGUCAUUGCCGGUUCGAAAAAAAAAUUAAAUCCCUUAUAACUUCUAAGUUUAUGUGUGCAAUUAGUUAUUAAUUGGCAAAAGCAUAAAGAAUUAUGCAUAUUUCACAUCUAAGAGUCAAUUUUUAAAGUUUAAAAAAUUCUCUCACUUUCUCCAAAUACGCACGAAAUGAAAGAAUUAC